UCAGCUCGUUUUUGUGAGGGUGGAAAUCAUAAAUGUUUGCCACCCAAAGAAUGCUGUGCUCAAGGUUGUUGCUAUCUCUAUUCACCACCAAGUGCUCCACGAUCCGCUCAACCAACAGAUCACGUUUUGAAUCUUUUUUUCAUUAGUCAUUGGUAUUUUUGGCUUUUUCUGUUAGCAAUUCUGAUUUCCUUGCUUCUCUUUUGUUCAUUGUGGAAGAAGCGUCGAACAUUCUGCUCAGGUUGGAGCACAUCUUCAAGUCAUCGAACGACAUCGGAAGGUGAUUCAGCAGGCUCUUGUUACGCUCCUCCACAUUAUUCUCGAUGUACUUCAUUUUAUCAUGCACCUCCACCCUAUACAGAAGUUACAUCGAAGCCAGAACUUUAUCCAUUAGUCUUCACAUAUACAAGUGAUGCAUCAAAAAAUAGCAGUAACGGUGCCAAUUAUCUGAUGGUGCAAUAUUUUCGAAAUUAUAUUGUACGACCAAUUGGCUCGCUUUCAGCAGCAAGUACGGUUGAUUCAUUGAGUUCAAGUUUUAUUUGUACAGCAAAUGAAUCAAAUACGAUGAUACCGCCGCCGUAUUCAGAUGCAGCAAGUCCUGAUGCACUUUCAGUUUCACUUCAAAAUUACGCAAUUCCGCGAUCAUCAUCACAACAAGGCUACAUCAAUAACACGUCGAAUUUUCCUAAUAACGAUUCACAGUAUCGAGAUAAUAAUCGGCCAAUGUCAGUACCAAACACAAGUUUCAAUCAAAUAAGUAGUAAUCAUCAACUUCAUACGUAUGAAAGUGCGAAUGUUAUGAAUUUGAAUUCUCCACGUGAGAGAGAAUCUUGUGUUUUAAUUCGACACAAUGAACUUGCUUCAACACUUUCGAAUUCAACAGUGACAACGACUCACACAAGUUCAUCACGAAGUAAGAAUCAAAAUGCUAUAUCGGAUGAUGAUGAUGACGACGAUGACUUUUAUCAAGCGAGUUCUGGUUUCAAUUUAUCACAAGGAAAUUUCAAUACUGGUAUGAAUUUCAACAGUAGCGUUGUUGGUGGUCAAACUCAAACUUUACUAUCAAAUAAUGCAAUUUCAUUGUCAGCUGCUAUGAUGGAUAAAAUUUCAUAUAGUCGUAAAACAAAUGACAACACUAAAUUAAAUAUGAUUCAGAAACAAUUGGAAAAAUGUUGUGAAAUGAUACAACAACAGCAACAACAGAUUGCACAAACAAGGUCGCACUUUAAUGUCACUUCAAGUUUCGAUAAUGAUUCACCAUUGAGUGGAGAAGCAUCUAAGAAGAUUUGUGAAAUGCCAACAUUGGAAGGAUAUAACAACUCAAAUACUGGAUCAACUGUUUCAAGUUUAGCGAAUUUCAAUAGUCUUGGAUCACCCCCACAAGCAACAAGUCCGACACAAGAAGUUAAAGAAUUACUUGAACAAAUCAAUCAACUGAAAGACGCAAAAUUUUCUGAUGAAAAUUUAAAUAAUGGACAAGCUUGUGAAUAUGAUAACUUAGCACAAGAUACAGCUUCAUACCAACCUGUUAUAAAAAGACCAACGUCAUUUAAUAGCAAAAGAAAAUUCUUUAAUAUGAAGAAUCGAUCGGUUUACAUGCCAAUGACGAGUAGUUUUGUAGCACCAAAUAUUGUAAGCCCACGUUCUGUAGGUAAUUUCAUGAUGAAAGCUGGUAUGAUAAAAGGUAGGAAUGGCUGGGUAUCGAGAUCAGCACCAACCACACCAGCAACAUUUUUGCCUGCCACUUUCACGACUGAUAAAAGUCCACUUUUAUCAGAACAAGAUGAAGAUGCGAAUCCCGAAUCGAAUCCU